GCGGUGGACACUAUCAUGACAUUGGCGUCGUACUAGCCUGUCAACCUCGAGUAGGCAUACACGAAGGACAUUCAGCAAACCCCCGUACACACAGAUGCAGAUAGCUGAGACGAGAAAACAUACAAACGCCGUCACUAUCGCCAAUCAGAGAAGUUCUACGUGCAACUGAUCCGGGGUGUGAGAGACCGUGCGAGGAGCUCAUAAACGUCGGUGUGAGGACCUUCUCAGUCGACGUUCCCUCGAGCUCGCACUGACAUCCAGUUCGAGUCGACACCCUUGGCGCCGGCCCUCGAUCCGGACCGUCUCUCGCGGGAUGCAUGAAUGGCGCGCGCAGCCGUGGCGCACGAUCUACUUCGCCUACCAAGGCCUCCUCACAGUCUUCUUCCGCGUACCAUGGCUCGUCCUCACCAAUCUGCCGCGGUCACGAAGGCCACAUCCUAGCUGGUCACUCCUCAAAUGCGUGUUCUUGCCCAUUCUCAGGGUCUGGUCGGAGUUCGGGCCCAUCGCGGAGAGGACGGGCAACAUCAUCGACUCCCCGACGCACCGCGCCAUCCCUCGUGGCCGCGGCAUGCACGCCCUCUGGCUCGAGCCCAACCCCGCGCUCAUCCUCGGCCGUGUAAAACACUGGGCUGCACAGGCGAACGUCCACCCCACGCGCAUUCCGGGGUACUGGCAGACCAGCAGCCCGGACGUCGACCCCAAUGCCCCGCCCGUGCCCGGCGAGCGCGUGAUACUGUUCUUCCACGGCGGAGGAUAUUUAUCCUCGUCCGCGCACCCGCAUUACCUCAUGGGCAGGCAUUCGCGUAUCCACCUCCAGCACAUCUCCCGCGUGCGACGAGCGCUGGCCGUGGAGUACCGCCUGACGGACCUCUCGCCCUCGCCUCCGCCAGAAGGGCGCAACCCGUUCCCCGCCGCCCUCCUCGACGCGAUUACCGGCCUGGACUACCUCCUCAACAUCGUCGGCUUCGCGCUGGAGGACGUCGUGGUCCUCGGCGACAGCGCGGGCGCGAACCUCUCCCUCGCGCUCGCGCGCUACCUCGUCGAGAACGUCAAGGAGCUGCACGAGCGCGUCCCCGCCAAGUUCCCCAGCCCCGCGGCGGUGCCGGCGUACCACCUUGUGCUGCUGAGCGUGUGGGCGGAUAUGGGGACGUCGCAUGCGGGUGCGGGGAGCUCGGCGGCGAGGAAUGUGCACGAUUACCUGGUGGACUCGUUGCAGGGCCCGCUGUGGGCUGCGUCCCGCCUGUAUCCGGGCCCGCUAGGGCUCGAGGCGAUGAAUACGAACGAGUACAUCUCGCCGGCGUCGAAGCAUGUGGACGCGAGCUUCAAGGGCUUUCCGAGGACGUUCGUCGAGGUGGGGGACAUGGAGCGGUUCCUGGACAUGGUGGUGACGCUCAAGGAGAGGAUGGUAAGAGAUUUGGGAGAGGGGAGGGACGGUGUGAAGUAUUUCGAGGCGAGGGGGGCCAUUCACGACCAUUUGCUGUUCCCGCUUAACGAGCCUGAGGAUAAGGCAGUGUUGGCUGCAAUCGGGGACUGGGUCGCUGAGAGCGAUAAGUGAAGAGUAGAGUGAAUAAUGUGGAUCAAGCUCCUAGCGGUGUAACAGUACUAUCAUAUCAUACCCCCUUCAGCGUGUUUGCGACCGUCUGCAAUGCUCACCGGUGACAGCUGUGGUCGUGCUAAUCUCA